CUGCUGGUUCAGUUUGUUCAGAAUACUUCUAUUCCUCUGGGGCAAGGGCUGGUGGAAUCAGAACCGAAAGACAUCACCUGUCUUUCUCUCCUUCCUGUUACUGAGGCCUCAGAAUGCAACAGACUCAUGUUGCCAGAUGAUGAAAGAGAUCUCACUUCUCCAAGUCACACUAAUUCUUCCAAAGAUGUUUCUUCAUCUGCUGUCUUGAGAAGUCUCCAGGUAAACGUGGGCCCUGAUGGAGAGGAAACAAGGGCACAGAAUGUACAGAAACCAUCUGAACUUCUGUCAACUCCAGAGACUUCCAGUUUAUUGCAAGACCUCCAGCCCAGUGAUAGCACUUCAUUUAUUCUCCUCAACCUAACAAGAGCAGGGCUAGGGUCUCCAGCAGAGCACUUGGUGUUUGUUCAAGAUGAAGCAGAAGAUUCUGGGAAUGACUUUCUCUCUCAUGAUAGCACAGACAGCAGUACCCCAUGGUUCCUACGAGUGCAAGAAUUGGCCCAUGACAGUUUAAUUGCUGCCACGCGGGCACAGCUCGCUAAGAAUGCCAAAGCAAGCAAUAAUGGUGAAAAUGUUCAUCUUUGCUCAGGAGAUGGGCAACCGAAAGACUCUAGCCCCAUUCCUCACUUGUCUCGUGUGGAAAGGAAGCUGAAGUGCACAGUUGAGGGCUGCGAUCGGACGUUUGUGUGGCCAGCUCACUUCAAGUACCAUCUGAAAACACACCGGAACGACCGCUCCUUCACCUGCCCAGCAGAAGGCUGUGGAAAAAGUUUCUACGUCUUGCAGAGGCUGAAGGUGCACAUGAGGACUCACAACGGUGAAAAACCCUUUGUGUGCACGGAGCUGGGCUGUGGGAAACAGUUCACAACAGCUGGAAAUCUGAAGAACCACCUACGAAUUCACACUGGAGAAAAACCCUUUCUGUGUGAGGCACAGGGAUGUGGUCGCUCCUUUGCUGAAUACUCCAGCCUUCGGAAACAUUUGGUUGUUCACUCAGGAGUGAAGCCCCAUCAGUGCCACAUUUGUGGGAAGACAUUUUCCCAGAGUGGUAGCAGAAAUGUGCAUAUGAGGAAACAUCACUCCCGAAUUGGAACAGCUGGCAGCAGAGAGCGAGAACAGCCAGAGUCACUGAUGGGCAGCAGUUUGCUGGAAGAAUCUACAGUGCACAGUAAGAAUCUCAUCUCCAUGAACUCUCAGCCCAGCCUUGGUGUUGAGUCUCUGCACCUGCCAGACACUGAGUCUAUUAUUGGAGUGGAGGAGGGUGAGACCAGCUGCUCUUUUUUCCGUCCUCUUAUAUGUGGUGACUGAAGUGAGAUCGACCGUUCCUCCUAGAGACUCGCCAUGUGGCAGCGAACGUUGCUUUAACUGUGCACAGAGCAGGUGGGUAGAUGGAGAACGAAUCAUAAAACUGGAGUUGGAGAAGACCUGCCAGACCAAGUUUCUCUCUUGCAGAGCUUAAAAGGUGAAGUCUGCUGCUUAGGUGUCAUUUAGCCCAUGUCGUGGAACGCCAUUUCAAAACUGUUUAUGCAGUCCAUUCUCCUAAAGCCUAAUGCGUUUGUUUUGCUGGAAGCACCUAGGAGCCCCAGUUAAGGACCAGGACCUCAUUGUGCUAGGCACCGUACAAACAUCCAGUAUUUUGAGCAACAGGCCUUCCUUCCAUCCUUUACCUUCAGAGACUAUAUUCUAAUCCAUCUCACUGUCAGAAGCUGACUUACUUUCUGAAAUAAAUGUUCUACUUGAUAUCAUUUAAUUACA